AUGGAGAACGGGGAGAAGAAGAACUAUGAGAGCUACGUGGUGGUGCAUAACAUAGCCAAGAGACACAACGUGGGGACAUUGGCACGUAGCGCCACUGCCUUCGGGGUGUCGGAACUGAUUCUCGUUGGCCGCCGCGAUUUCAACGCCUUCGGAAGCCAUGGAUCCACUUCUCACUUACGCUUUCGCCACUUUCACUCCCUGACCCUUGCGUGCUCCUUCUUGAAGGAGAGGGACUGCGAUAUAUGUGGUGUAGAGAUCACGGAUAACGCAGUUGCAGUAAAUGAGCAUCCUUUCAGGAAGAGCACUGCUUUCCUUCUCGGCAAUGAGGGAACUGGGCUUUCUGCAAAGGAGUGUGAGAUAUGUGACUUCUUUGUUUAUAUUCCACAAUUUGGAUGUGGCACUGCCUCUCUUAACGUUACUGUUGCAGCUUCCAUCGUCUUACAUCAUUUUGGAGUUUGGGCAGGAUUCUCCGAGAGGUCCCGUGAAGGAAACAAGUUUCUUGUAGCUGAAAAACCUAUUAAUCAGAUGAGGAGAAAUUAUUGCACGGAAACAGCAGCAUCUGUUAUUGAGGAGCGAAAAUUAAAAAGGGAAAGUGCUGCAAUUGGUUUUUUCGAUGAGAGUGGAAAAGAUGAAGCUGCUCCUAAUCUUUUGGAUACAUUGUUUGAUUGA